UAAAUACAUGAGCGCAACUUCACAACGCCCUGCAAGCUCAGUCUGAGAAAGUUUUCUAGUCCCUAACUUUGGGCAGCUGGUAAAAUAUCCUAUUUUUGAUUCAAUAAACCUACUCCAGGAAAUUGAGCACCGCGACAUCGACCCUAGACCUGUGCCACCAUGUCAUUAAUCGCAGCCUUCUUGCAGCAGACCGUCUAUCUGGGCCUGCCCGAUGACUCGACCUUUCCCAAUCAGGGCACUGUGACUCCUUACCCGCAUUUCAGUGUCGAUGGAGAUGUAGGCAUCUUGGAUAAGGCCAUCAAGGCCAAAGGUGUGGAUGAGAACACCAUCAUUGAUGUGCUGGUGAGGAGGAGCAACGCCCAGAGACAGCAGAUCAAAGCUACCUACGAAAAGGCUAGCGGCAAGCCUCUGGAGACUGCCCUGAUGUCGGCCCUAAAGGGAGAGCUGGAGGAUGUGGUUCUGGCUCUGCUCAAAACGCCAGCCCAAUAUGACGCCCAACAGCUCAAACUGGCCAUGAAGGGAUUGGGCACAGACGAGGAUACUCUGGUUGAGAUUCUGGCCUCAAGGACCAAUAAGGAGAUCAGAGAGAUAAAGAAAGCCUAUAAGGAAGAAUACAAAAAGGAGCUAGAGGAUGACAUCAAGUCUGACACAGGCGCAGACUUCAGGAAUGCUCUGCUCUCGCUCUGCAAGGCUACUAGGAAUGAGGACACCAUGGUGAACCAGGAACUUGCUGACCGUGAUGCCAGGGCCCUGUAUGAGGCUGGAGAGAAGAGGAAAGGAACCGACUGCUCUGUCUUCAUAGACAUUCUGACCACCAGAAGUGCUCCUCAGCUCCGCCAAGCGUUUGAGAGGUACUCCAAGUACAGUAAGGUGGAUGUGGCAAAGGCUAUUGACCUGGAACUGAAGGGAGACAUUGAGAACUGUCUCACUGCCGUAGUGAAGUGUGCUGGAAGCAAGCCUGCUUUCUUUGCUGAGAAACUCAACUUGGCAAUGAAGGGUAAAGGAACCAGGACCAAUAUUGUGACCCGGGUCAUGGUGAGCAGGUCUGAAGUAGACCUGGCCCGGAUUAAACAGGAGUACAAGAAGACAUUUGGGAAAACCCUCUCCCAGGAAAUUCUGGAUGACACCCAGGGAGACUAUGAGAAGAUCCUACUGGCCCUGUGUGGAAGUGAGAAAUAACUUUCUCUCCUAUCUCACCUGGAGCCAAUUACUACCACUGUACAUGAUUAAACAUUCCCCUCCAAUGCCUCAAUGUGCACUUCCCAAAUGCAAAAUAUUAUGGUUCAUGACAAAUAUCUGAAAUGGCAGUCAUGAUAUAUUUUCACUACUUGCUAACAACAAUGAGCACAGUAAACAUGGUAAGCAGCAUUGACAAAUUUAGCCUAGCUUCAGCAGACUUGGGGAUCCAUAGUGCAAUAUACCAGACACCAUUUGUGUGCCAAGAAUAUGCAGUGGCAUUGUGACCUGGAUAAUUGGUCCUUCUUGCAAAUAAAGCAUUUUAUGUGGCUCCAAA